AUGGAGGAUACAUUAUGGUUAUCCAAUGUACCAAUGUUGAUAUCAAGUAAAGAUGAAAAUUGUACAUCUCCAGAGGUUGGUGGAGUAGUCUGGAUAUGGAAAAUAUUUCACGAAUGUGUUGCAUCACCUGUACAAUAUGCAGGAUUUAUUCUGGGUUUGUUUUCAUUGAUGUGUUGGAUCGUUCUUUUUAUGCCGCAAAUUUACAAAAAUAUCAAAGAAGGAAAAAUGGAUGAAGGCGUGUCUUUCUUUUUUAUCUUUAUAUGGAUGUUGGGAGAUAUUUCCAAUUUGUUGGGAUGUAUACUAGCGCAUCAGUUGCCAAUACAGCACAUCAUAGCAUACUAUUACUGUGGCAUGGAUACACUCAUGCUUGGGCAGUUCACUUUUUAUACAUUAAAAAAGAAAAGGAAACUUAGAGCGAUGCGACCAGUUGAUACUGAAGAUUCUAGCAUUAACCGUAGUUCUUAUAAUCAGAGUGCUCCACUUUUUACUAUAUGCUGCUUCUUUGUAAUAUCAUUCGGCUCACAAUUGUCAUGGCAACAGUCGGGGAACGUUUAUGAGUCAAGGCAGAAUGCAGGUGGUAGAAUGUUGCUGGGAUCACCGGUGUUCUAUGGAAUUUUUCACUGUGGUAUGCAAGUUUUUGCUAAAGAGUGA